AUGUCGCCCCUAACCUGCCUCCGUCUUAUCGCAAAGGCCAACAGUAAAACGUACAGCCUCCACAUCCCUUGUUAUGUGAAAGCCAACGCGUCUCGCCGCAUCGGAGUAACGGCCGUGGGCAGCGACAAGAUCGACGUGUCGCAGAUUCUUGCCGAGAUCUUCAAGGUCCCGAAAUCAAGUGUGGGGGUGAUUCGGGGUGCGAAGUCGCGAGAGAAGACGCUCUGUAUUGCCGAUCUGGAGAUCGACAGCGAAGAAGCAUUCUUGCAGCGCGCAACUAAAAGCCCACAAGACGCUAUUUCGCGACGCGCUUAG